AUGGAGGCGAUUCAGACCCAUCCCACGAGUGCGGCGCAGGCUAAGGCUUUCACCGCGCCCGGCUCCCUCUCGUUCCCCGGCGGCGCUCACGAGCUCCCUCCCCAGGCGAACGGCGAUAAGGCGGCCGUCAACGGACAAAUCCCUGUGCCCAACGGCCAGCAGCCUGCAAACGGUACCGGGGUGACACCCGCGACACCUGCUGCGACGCCUGCCGCGACACAGGGUGGCAGUGGCUUGACUCCUACGUUGCAGAACAUCGUUGCCACGGUAAACUUGGACUGCCGCUUGGACCUCAAGACGAUCGCCCUGCACGCGAGAAACGCAGAGUACAACCCCAAGCGUUUCGCUGCCGUCAUCAUGCGUAUUCGUGAGCCCAAGACCACUGCCCUGAUCUUCGCUUCCGGCAAGAUGGUCGUCACCGGUGCCAAGUCCGAGGAUGACUCGAAGCUUGCGUCUCGCAAGUAUGCCCGUAUCAUCCAGAAGCUCGGCUUCAACGCCAAGUUCACGGACUUCAAGAUCCAGAACAUUGUCGGCUCUUGCGAUAUCAAGUUCCCCAUUCGCUUGGAGGGUCUCGCUUCGCGCCAUCACAACUUCAGUUCUUACGAGCCUGAGCUGUUCCCUGGUCUUAUCUACCGCAUGAUUAAGCCCAAGAUUGUGCUCCUUAUCUUCGUCAGCGGCAAGAUCGUCCUCACCGGUGCCAAGGUGCGAGAGGAGAUUUACCAGGCCUUCGAGAUGAUCUAUCCCGUGCUUCAGGAUUUCCGCAAGGUCUAA